CCGGCCCAAGACCUCGCGAGAGUAGCGGCCUCCGGUGCGGGAUGGCCGCGGAGCCGGGCGGAGCUGUCCCGCGGCUCCCGGUGCCGGCUCUCUGGCCUGAGACAUGGCCCGGGGUCCCGGCCCGCUAGGCCGGCCUCGACCCGACACGGUCGCCAUGCCCAAGAGAGGGAAGCGACUCAAGUUCCGGGCCCACGACGCCUGCUCUGGUCGAGUGACCGUGGCGGAUUAUGCCAACUCGGAUCCGGCGGUCGUGAGGUCUGGACGGGUCAAGAAAGCCGUCGCCAACGCUGUUCAGCAGGAAGUAAAAUCUCUCUGUGGCUUGGAGGCCUCCCAGGUGCCUGCAGAGGAAGCUCUUUCUGGGGCUGGUGAGCCCUGUGACAUCAUGGACAGCAGCGAUGAGAUGGAUGCCCGGGAGGAAAGCGUCCAGGAGAGAACCGUGUCCAGGAAGAAGAAGAGCAAGAGGCACAGAGAAGACCUGGACGGGGCUGGAGGAGAAGAGUAUCCCAUGGAUAUUUGGCUAUUGCUGGCCUCCUAUAUCCGUCCUGAGGACAUUGUGAAUUUUUCCCUGAUUUGUAAGAAUGCCUGGACUGUCACUUGCACUGCUGCCUUUUGGACCAGGUUGUACCGAAGGCACUACACGCUGGAUGCCUCGCUGCCUUUGCGCCUGCGGCCCGAGUCGAUGGAGAAGCUGCGCUGUCUCCGGGCAUGUGUGAUUCGCUCUCUGUAUCAUAUGUAUGAACCGUUUGCUGCUCGAAUCUCCAAGAAUCCAGCCAUUCCGGAAAGCACUCCCAGCACGUUAAAGAAUUCCAAAUGCUUGCUUUUCUGGUGCAGAAAGAUUGUUGGGAACAGACAGGAACCAAUGUGGGAAUUCAACUUUAAAUUCAAAAAACAGUCCCCUAGGUUAAAGAGCAAGUGUGUGGGAGGAUUGCAGCCUCCCAUUCAGUAUGAAGAUGUUCACACCAACCCCGACCAGGACUGUUGCCUACUGCAGGUCACCACCCUCAAUUUCAUCUUUAUUCCAAUUGUCAUGGGAAUGAUAUUUACCCUGUUCACCAUCAAUGUGAGCACGGACAUGCGGCACCACCGAGUGAGGCUGGUAUUCCAAGAUUCACCCGUGCACGGCGGUCGGAAACUGCGCAGUGAACAGGGCGUGCAAGUGAUCCUGGACCCGGUGCACAGCGUCCGCCUCUUUGACUGGUGGCACCCUCAGUAUCCGUUCUCCCUGAGGGCGUAGUUGCCGCUGCCCCUCCCUGCGGCGGCCCCAAGUCUAGUCCUGGCAGUCGGAUUCCAGCCUGGAGGGGUGGCUGAAUUGUACACCUGGUCAGUGACGCACGUGCUGCGGGGCUUCCUGAGGCUCCUGUUAAGGGAGGGAGAAGGGUUGAAUCAAGAGGAAAAACAACUAUGAUUUAUAAACAUAUUUUAACGUAAAAAUUUGCAUUUCAAAGGAGAAA